CUAAGCGGUUUGUGUCAGCGGGCUCACGGCGUUCUUCGGUGUGUCGCAAGAAGAGUUUCAUUGUCUGUCGUGCGUCCUUCGAACUCAACUCAUAAAAACUUCCCCGAAACCUGCCAAAUCGCACUUGUACGAAAUGGGAGACGAUAGUAAACUCAUGAAGCUGUUUGUUGGUGGGCUGAAUGAGGACACAACAGAAGAGACAGUCAGAGCCUACUUCAAAUCGUUCUGUGAAGGCUCGGAAGCAGAUGUCUCAAGUGUCUCUCUGGCAAAAACACCAGAGGGGAAGUCAAGAAAGUUUUGCUUUGUGGAGUUUUCCAAUGGCAGUGACAUCAUUGACAACAUUGUGUUCAACUUUGAAUCACACUCCAUUGACAAUAAACAAGUUGAGGUCAAGCGUGCCAUGCCCAGGGAUGAUCCCAACGAGCUGGCCCAUGUCCGCACCAAGAAGCUGUUUAUUGGCGGCUUGAAGGAUGAGCAUAGCGAGGAAGACGUGAAGACAGCCCUUGCACCUCUCUCCCCAUUUGCUCCCCUGGAGAUCAAGAUGGUUAGGGACAGAGAAACCAACAAGUUCAAAGGUUACUGCUUUGUGAACUUCCCCAACGAACACAUUGUUGACAAGCUCUAUCUGGUGAGGCAUAUCCAAGUCAAAGGAAAAGAUGUGGAGAUGAAGAAAGCUGCUGACCUUGGGGCUGGUGGGCGUGGUGGCCGUGGGGGGCGUGGUGGGGGAAGGGGUGCACCUCGUGGGAGGGGUGGCCCUCGUGGUGGUGGUGGCGGCAGUGGAGGAUAUGGUGGUGGCAGCUAUGGAGGAUAUGGGAAUUAUGGUGGUUACUCUCAAGGUGGAUAUGGUGGGUACGCCGACAAUUCAUGGUCUGGUGGUUACGGCAGCUAUGAUGGAGGUUAUGGUAAUGGUGGUGAUUACAGUAACGGGUACAGCAGCUAUGGCGGUGGUUAUGGUGGGGGGUAUGAUAGUAGCAUGGGCCAAUACAGCCAGGAAGCGUCUGGAUAUGGGCCUAGUCGUGGUACUGGGGGCAGAGGACGCGGUGCUCCCAGGGGCAGUGGUGGAUACAGGCCAUACUAAACUAGUUUAACUCACAGUAUCUGUUUAGUUUAAAUCCUCAGUUUCAGUUAAACUUUGGGGCUGAGGCAUGAUGGCAAUUGAUUUUAAAAUGGACCCAACAAUUUGCGCUGAACAGCUUAGUCUAGUAGACAUAGUCUUUCACCUUGGCUUCAUAAGUAUUCCACAUCUCUUCACAUAAAGUGGAAUUUUACCUGUGGGCUCAUCCAUUUAUACUCAUUUACUAAAUCCAGCUAGCUUUCAUACACUUUGUCAAAGUACCCAAACCGCUUUGUGCAGACACCAUUUUAUCUGUAAAUAUGAUAACAUAAUGAUGAUGGGGGAUUACAACUGGUGGCAUCCAAAUGUACUUUGUGGUUGCACCAAGUAGCUAGCAUAGCAAGACGUAUCAUUAUCAGAUUUAUUAUAUUGAAGGCUAUAUAAGCUUUAUGAACUGAAUUUGUUAUUGCCGUACAGCCAUGGAAUGGGUAAUAGACACUUUAGACCAAUAAUAGCCAGAAAGUUUAGACCAAUAAUAACUGGGAAGUUUAGCCCAAUAAUAAGCAGGAAGUUAAGAUUAGAGACCUGUCUCAUUUUGAUAGCAUCUUGACUUGGCUUAUAGAAAUGAACUUUUCUCAAUUUUAUUUCCCUUGCUGUUGUAUUUAUUUUACACUUUAUAUCAAUAAAUCAGUUUUCUGAGCUUUCAAA